ACGUUGGUCGAAGAUGAUGGAGGGCAGAGAAAAGGAAGAAAUAAAGAUAAACCUGAAAGACUCCUUGACAGGGAAACCUUAAGUCAUGCAUGCGAAAAAUGGAAGAAAAAAGUUGAUGAAUUCUGGAAGACCAUCACUAAAGCGAAAAAACCUACUGAAAAAGAACCUGAUGAAAAUGAGAUCGAAGUCGAAAGGAACAAACCUAAAGCCAGCGAAUACCACGGGACUGAUAGCGCCGAAGUAGAUGAUACGGCUAUCGAAAGGAUAUAUGAAAAGACCGAAAGACCCGGAAUG